UUAAUUCAGUGCUACCAACGCCGGGCCCACCAGGCGAGUCCUGUGACCUCCAGUGUCUGUUGUGUAGAGUGAGAAGGGCCGAGUCCUUCUUCUUUGAGGCUACCUCUUCGUCGCCUUUUUUUCUUCCCCCGCCCUUGUCAGCGAUGCAGGGCGAGUAGCCAUGCACAGGAGGCUGCUGCUGCUUCCACAGGGCGACUACUAGUACUCCUCCUCCUCCUCGAUCGGCGUCAGGGGCCAUGUAGCACCGUGUCAUCUGAAGACUCCUUGAACACAUGCAUGAUGCGCAGAUAGAGUGAUGAGGGCAAGAGCAAAAUAAUUGAUUUUGAUGUUAUUGGUAAUCAGCCCAAUGUCUUAAUAAUGGAAGAGCCUCAGAUACAGUAUCCAACAAAUAAAAUCAAUAAAGAUACUCAGACAGGUUUGGACGGACCACAAAUUUUCCAAUACCCUGUCACAACUGUGUAUGGAAACGUUCAUUUCCAGGAUGGCCCUACUGUGACAAAGGAGCAGAAGCUGAGGACACAAAUUGAACAGUGGCUGCAGUCAAGUGACAAGCCCUAUGAGUGUGACCAGUGCAGCAAAAGGUUUGUUCAGAAGAGUCACCUGAACAGUCACAUGUUGGUUCACACCAACGAGAAAAAGUUUGAAUGUGACCUGUGCGGAAAGAAGUUCACAAUGGAAAGCCACCUGAACGGUCAUCUCCUGAUGCACAACACAGAGAAGAAGAUUGAGUGCGAAGUUUGCGGUAAGAGAUUCCUCCAGAAAAGCCACUUGAAUGGUCACAUGUUGGUCCACAGUGAAAAGAAGUUUGGAUGCGAAUUGUGUGGAAAGCGUUUUAUCCUGGAAAGCCACCUGAACAGCCAUAUGCACAUACAUAGCGAGAAGAAAUUUGUGUGUAACAUCUGCAACAGGCGAUACACGCACAAGAGUCACCUUAGCAGCCACAUGCUCGUGCACUGCGAGAAGAAGUUUGAAUGUGAAAUGUGUGGGAAGCGCUUCUUCCAGAGAAGCCACCUCAACAGUCACAUGUUCGUUCACACGGAAGAAAAGCGAUUCGAAUGUGAAAUGUGCUACAAGAGAUUUGCCCAGGAGAGCCACUUGAACAGCCACAGGAUUGUGCACACAGCAGAGAGGAGAUUUGAGUGCGAAGUCUGCAGGAAGAGAUUUUACAUGAAGAGCCACCUUAUUAGUCAUAGUUUUGUACAUAGUGAAGAGAAAAUGUUUGAGUGUAAGGAGUGUGGAAAACGGUUCACACAGGAGAUACAUCUCAAUAGCCAUCGUUUUGUCCACACGGAGGAGAAGAAGAUCGAAAACCAGACUUGGGGGAAAAGAUUUACUCACGAAAGUUAUUUGAACGGCCACAAGUUCAUUCCGUACGACAUGAAAAAGUUUGUUUGUGAAGAGUGUGGGAAGAGAUUCCUUUUGAAGAGCCAUUUGAAUAGUCACAGGUUCAUCCAUAGGGAAGAGAGAAGGUACGAAUGCGACAUCUGUGGAAAGCGGUUUACCCAGAGAAGCCACCUGAGCACUCAUAAGUUUGUCCACAGCGAAGAGAAAGUCUAUGAGUGUGACGAGUGCGGAAAGAGAUUCUCACAGCAAGUUCAUCUCAGUAGUCACAAGUUCGUACACAGUGCCGAGAGAAAGUUUGAGUGUGAGGAAUGUGGGAAGAAAUUCAUUCAAGAGAGCCAUCUCAACAGCCAUAGGUUCAUGCACGGUGACAGGAAAGGCAUUUCGUAUGAUGAUAACAUCAAGUUACUCACGCAGAAGUCACAGAUGAACACUGUGCUCAUGAAUGCAGACGAUAAGGUGUUGACUUAUGAAGACACGAGCAAGUUGUUCCAGCAACAGGCCUAUCAGCCAGCCUACACAUAUGGUCAUUUAACUGGACAACUUGCAGGGCAGCUAACAGGACAGUUAACUGGGCAGUUGGCUGGCCAGCUCACUGGACAAUUGACAAAUCAGUUAGCUGGACAGUUGAGUGGUCAGCUGACGGAAAAAGUACGAACAUUAUGGCCUCUGUAGCCAUCAGCCCAGAAUGUUGUCGUGUUUGCUAUGAAUAAAGAAAAUUGAUAGAUCUGUGACAGCGCUUUUUUCUCAUCUUAUUUUAUUUCUGUACUUUACGCUACAGUACAGAAUUUUACUGUCUUCAAGUGCAAAAUCUAACUUUGGUAAGAAAGCAAAAUCAAUUUUUUGUAUGUGAAGUAUGUGAAAAUUAUGACUUUUGUUAGAAGCAAAAUUUUUAUACGCUGCAAAAUCCAACUAGUAUUAAUACUGUGCAAAUUGAGACAGGUUCUCCCAAAGUGUAAAAUCAGACUUCGUAGGUGGUGCACUGCAAAAUUUUUUGGGUAAGGUCGCAACAUUCACGGAAGGAUAAACUAGGGAACAGAACAGUAAUUUGUUUUGUUCUUGACGAUAAGUGUUACUGGUUGGUGGAGUGUUGGUCACAGUUCCUCAGGUAUGUGCGUAUGUGUGGGGUAAACAGAGAACUGCUGACCUGUGAUGAACCUGUCUGACAAUGUAUAGAAGAAACAUUCAUCCUCGCGAACCUCAGUGUUCAGAAUGACCCAUCUUUUGUGGUGUAGUGAGAAUAGACAUAGCAUGAUGCCAUACAAAUAGGUACAACUAUUUGACUUCGACCAGGAGUCUGUUAGAUAUUUGUUAAACUAAUGUUUUAUGAUAUUUUCGUUUGUUUGAAAAGGUGCAUUGAAUCCUCUUGAGAUCUCUGUUAGGUACAUCAUUGUCUCUGGUUUGUUUACUAUUAAGGACUUUGAACUCGCCUUUGUUGUUCCUUUGUAAGCUACUGUAAUUACUGUAAUGGUAAUUUCUAGUAACCUGUUCACAAGAUUGUAUUUUCCCUCUGAGUAAGAGGGACCUUCAAAUGUGGCGAUCAGGUUAUGAUAGGGUUAAGUUUUGCUUUUCUUGCAUUAAUUCGAGCUAUCAGUUUCAGUAUUUUGUAAAUCCAGCAUUAACCGCGCUAUUUCUGAAUCUGUAUUGAAAUUCUUUCAAAAUGUGUCUGGGCUUGCAGCUGUGUGAUGUACCGUCAAUGUGCCAUUAGUUGUGCAUUGGCCUGCGCUGAUUUAGAGAUAAUUAACAACACAUGACCUACAGUACACACGAUUACAAAUGCUUCAGAAAUACGUUAUUUGAUAAUUGCAAUAGUUGUGUUAAUGCAUAGAAUUACUUUCUUUGAUAUGCAGAUCAAAAUACAGUGUGUCACCGACUUACAGCGGAUUCGAUCUUAUGGGGCUAUUGAAAAGUGCCAUUACUUGCUGACGUAUCAAGUAGUUACAGUGCUGUAAGUGCCAUUGACAGUUCUAACAACAAGAGUAGGCAUCAAGUUAAUGGCACUUAUGGUACUGUAUCUUGAUGCAGCAUCAUGGUGUGGCACCUCAAGCGUCAUUAAAGCGCCAAUAACGGCUAAACACUGACUUGUGGCGCUGGAACGGAUCCUCCUGCCGAAAGUUGAGAACCUGCUGUAUAUAAGUACCUUUCAGAUGAACGUUCAACAGAUUCAACAGAAAGCCCAGUUCAUUUCUUUGUUCCCCGUGUCACCAGGUCAGCUUGAAGUGAUGUAUAUAAAUUUGGUGCUUGUAAAAAAAUAAAACUUGAAAUGUAUGUGUAAAGGUGUUACAUAUUGCAGUAUUUCUAAAUUUAAUGAAGUAGUGUUACAUGUAGAGUAUUUGUAUAAAAUGGUUUUAACUUCAGGGACCUUGAAACACUUUGAAAAUGCAUUUUCAAGGAAAAGUGCAUUUUCAAACACUGCUUAUUAAAAACUUGAGUAAGAACAUAGGCACGAGGAGUGUCUGUGUGACAGAUUACAACGCAUAUUUCAGACUUAAGAUGUUGAAUGAAACAGGAGAGAAAAUAUGUAGGCCUGAUCAUUGGAAUAGUUUUGGAAAUAGUUUUGUUUUCAAAGGUUGUUUUAUAUGAGAUAAUUGGGAACCUGUUGGGCCGAUGGUUAAUCAACAGUUAUUUUUAUAUUAUUUACUUAUGUACUGAUAACUGGAGCUUCAGUCACCAGUGGCAUUAUUUUACAAGGUUUUUGACAAACCACCAAUGUAAUUGUGAAGAUGAGGAGGUUUUGGUUUUCAUGACUUGAUAUUUAAUUUAAUUUUUUGCAUUAUUUGCAUUAAGCUGAUAAAGCAGUCUUGCUUUAGUAUUGCAGCUGGUAGUUUCAAAUUGCCAUUUUUGGGCAACGAGCAAUUAAUUCAUUGUGAUUUGGUUUCUCUUAUGCAUUUCAAGUAUAGUUUGUUGUUUAUCGCACAAGUAAUAAAUUAUUAGUGUUCUGUUAAGUGAGGCCUUCUUCCAGUGCAGCUCUCUUGAUGUGUAAGUUGACUGAUAUUGUGUAAAAUGCUGAUACACUUUGAGAAAGUCCUAAUGUCAGUAUUAAGAACUUUUUAUGGUAUUUAUUGCUUUUUAUGUAUUUGGUUGUGAAUUAGGGAGGUCAUUCUGAGUAAAGGUGUGUGAGAAAAGGAGCGGAGAGUCUCUUAGUGAAGGAUAUGCACUGGGAAGCUAUGUGUAAAUUUUUUAGCUAUUCACAUAUUGCAAGACUACUGGCAGUCCCUUGUUUACGACGGGGGUUCCGCACUUGAGACGCGUCGAAAGCCGGAACAUCGUCGAAAAUCGUAAAAAAUCCUAAGAAAACCUUACUUUUAAUGGUUCGGGUGUAUUGAAAACUAUGUAAACUGCAGUUUUACAUAAUAAAUCCUUCAAAUAUAGAUUAUUUUGCCAUUUUGGAGUCACGUUUCUUCCAUCAGAUCAGCGUCGUAACCCUGGAACAUGCGUCAUAAAACUGGAAAUAAUUUCUGACGAAUAUAAUCCAUGUGUCGUAACCUCGGAACGUCGUAAGCUGAAACUGUCGUAAACCGGGGACUGCCAGUACAUUUUCACAGAGCUGGAUGGAUGUAUUUGAAAAUAACCAGGGAGUUCACAAGGCAGCAGUAGAAAGCAAGAUACUGAGCUCAUAGAAUAGAGAGAAUUGGAAUACUUGGUAGUCUUACUAUACCCACAUAAGCAGCUUACACUAGAGUUGGAAGGGCUGCUUCUGUUUCAAGUUUCGCUUGCCAAUAUUGUAUUAGGAGUCUUAUUUUCUGUUUAUCUCAUCUUUUCAGGUAACCAUUCCAAAAAAUUUUCCACACAGAAUUAUUAGAAUCUCAUUCUCUGUAACCUGUCCAAAAGUUUCUGUUCCUCAAUCGAUACUACUGUGUCAGAGAUGUUUCGUUUUUAAUGUUUGUUGUGUCUUGUUUUGCCCAGAUUUGUGCACUCUUUAUAUAUAAACAGUUGUACAUAAUUCAUGUACAUAUUAUAGAUUUAAUAUUCAUGUGUCAAAAAAAAAAAAUCCACAGCCAUAGCUAUGCAGGAGAUUUGUCAAAAA